AAACAUUACGGACAGGUUCCUGUGGGGAAGAACGACAACAGGUCACUAAUCAGACUCAACUCUAUCCUGAACUGCCAAAUAAGUACAGAAUGAGGGUCUUGUGGAUUUCAUGCCUGCUGAUUGGAAGCAUCACCUGUGGCCCAGUGGGAAAGAAAUCGGAUGCAAACAGUGCUGACAUGGGCUUCGUGAGGCCAUCUUUUGGGAAUUGGUACAGUGGAAUGGGGAGUUCUGACCCAGGCAGCAGCUCCUCUAAACCAAGUCUACCAAACCAAAAAUUUGCCCAAGCUGCUCCCUCUCCACAAGAGGCCGUUUCCAGCGCUGGACCUGGCAGUUAUAUGGCUGCAGGUGGUGCCUAUGGUGGCUAUGCUAAUUCUUGGGAUGAUGGCUAUUACAGCCCUGAUGUCAGCGAAUACGGGGCUGGUUAUGCAGGUUAUGGGUAUGAGAGCAGUGCUCCAGGUGGCAGCUACGGUAACGCAGCUGAUGCUUAUGCCGCGGACAGCCGGAGCUCUGGAUCUGCUGAUUUCUAUGAUGGUGGUGCUGAGGACCCUGAGCCGGUCUUCAGUGACGUGUCUGAUCUGGAGCCAGUUUUCUCCUUCAGCUCUCGGUCAAGCUACCAGCGAGGAAGAGCAGUGUUUGCUCAAACCCGCUACACCCCAGGAGAGCCUGUUCCUGAGAUGAUGCCAGUAUACAGACGCAUUAGCAAAACCUCUAAGCCGAGUGGUCCUGCUAAAGAUCCAACCAAGAAAGGCUACUAAAGAACUGUAAGGUAUCAUGUUCCAGCUACAUGUUCUGAUUCAAUAAAUGUCUUUAAACAAGCA